GAUGGCGGCGGCGGUGGCCGCACUGCGGGCCUGGGUGGAGGAGGCGGCGCGGGCGGAGGAGACGGCGCGGGCGGCUCUGACAGCCUCGACCCCGCUACUGGGCGCGCUGGCCGCGCUGGCGGCGCAGAUGCGGGCGGCGCGGCGGCUGCCGUGGGACGCGACGCCGCUCGGCGCCUUCCCGGAGCUGCGGGCGCGGCUGUGGCAGAAGCAGCGCGGCGCGGCCGAGGCGCUGCUGGAGCAGCUUGGCGGGCGGCGGGAGGAGCUCCGGGCCGUGCGGGACGCCGUGGGGGCCGCCGGCACCGCCGUGCUGCGGCUGUACGAGGAGCGGGGCCCGACCGAACUGGGGCUGCCGGGGGUUCUGCGGCGUGGUCCGCGCUGCCCCUCGCUGGCCGACGUGUUGGAGGGGCUGCAGAACGUGGAACGCUACUACCGGCACCUGUAUUUGGAGAGCAAACUGCUCCUGCAGCGCCUCAGCUUGGACAGCCUGGCAGACGUGGAAGCCCUCCCGCAGUCCUGGGAGAGGAUUUUGGAGCGCUACAAAGAAGAUGACGUGGUUCAAGACACGUGCCUGAAGGUCUCGCUGUUUGUGGAGAACCAUUGCGAGGUGGGCUGCUCACCUGGCUCCUGACAGGGACUCCUGCUUCUGGCGUGUUCUGCGAUGCUGCAAGGGGCAUGGAGGAAUUGAGGGAGCUCUCCUGGUGCUUUUUGGAAGCUGAACAAUUUGAGUCUUGGCCUCAACAUAAAAUACUUGAACUGUGCCGUUUUCAAGUGGAAAUGGCCUUGGUCUCUGAAGAAGAACCUGAGCUGAAAAAGCCAUGAGGAUAGAAGGGAGUCAUCUCCAGCUGUGGAACUUACAGUUUCUUUCUCCUGACAUAGAUGCUUUGUAUCAUGGAAAAAAUGUUGAUACUUACACGAGGUGUUGCAGAUGUGUGAGUGUAACAGUCCUUCAGGCUGGUGCUAUGAAAGAUAUAUGGGCUCUGUCCUUAGAAAUAAAGAAAAUAUGUCAGAUUAGGGUUUAGAAA